CCUCCCAUGGCAGGGUCUAAAAGCUGCCACAAAGAAGCAAAAGUAUGACAAAAUAUGUCAAAAGAAGUUAUCAACUCCUAUUGAGGUUUUAUGCAAGUCUCAUCCUGUUGAGUUUGCUUCGUAUUUCCAUUACUGUCAUUCGUUGACAUUUGAUCAGCGGCCUGAUUAUGGAUUUUUAAAGCGCCUAUUCCGUGAGCUUUUUACCCGUCAAGGAUAUGAAUUUGAUUACAUAUUUGAUUGGACCAUCCUAAAGUACCAACAGGCACAAACAAGUAAACCACAGCACCGGCAAGUUGUCGGUGAGAGCAGCCGGGCAAUUCCAAUGGAUGUUGAAAAGCGUCAAGUUUCUACAGGCAACAAUGGACCUUAUGUUACUGAGGUGACUGAUCGCAUAAGACCGAACAAUCCUUCCAGUCCUGGAAUUCGUAUGCAAUUUAAGUCACCAACUAACAGGAAUUUAACUUCUGCCAAUCUUGAGAGAAAUGUACUAAGUAGUGCACACAUGCCAUCUACUUCAUUAGCUCCUGUUUUACCUAGAGCAAACGCCACAAAACCUGCAUUGCCUGCUGAAACAACUCAUGAUGGUGAUAAUGGCAGCAGCUGGAUUUCCUCCUUGCGACGUAUUUCUUCUGCAAAGUGAUAAAUAGGAUUAAGAUGAAGGUGAGGCUAAUGUGCCGUCCAAUUAGGCAGCUCAUCCUUAUUCUGUGAUUAUAAGCUUGUAUGGAUGAUUCGGGUGGCUGAUCAUGGUCUGCUCCCUGAUUUUCGCAAUUUCACAAGCUGAAGAGGGUGUGGACUGAGCUGGACAUGAAAGCAGAUGGCAGCAGCUGUUUGUCUUUCUUUGGGAGCUCGGGAUUUCCAUUUGAAGAUGAUAUGCUAUGAGAUGUGGUUUCAAUCGGAGUCCUGGCUUCCUUGGAUUUGAUCAAGUUCAGAAGAGCUGGAAGUAGUGAUUGCAUAAUUUCGUUGGUUUUGCGAUUGAUCAAGUAUGUAAUGGACAAGUAUCCACCGGUACCAUUUCAUUAAACAAGUCGAAUGGUUCCUUCGACGGGAUGAUAGCUCUGGGUACCUUGCUGCCGGAGCUUUUAUUCCUUCUCUCGAAUGUCUUGCGAAAGCCAGACUUGCUAGGCUCGAGAGGAAGUUACAUUGACAAACUGUACUGUAUGCCUUCUCAAGUGUGAUCCGGUAAUAUCUGCUAUAACCAAGCAGCUUAUUAAAACUGCUGCAGAAGAAAAACUAUGGUCCUUUUAAUUGGCUUGAGCUGAAUAUCAGGUCCUCCUUGAUUUGUCAGGACCUGAACUCGGAGCUUCAACAUCCAAAUUUUGUGCUGAUUUCAUUUUCAGCAAGGUUGUGGUACCCCUGCUGUGCUCCAACAUAGUGCUGGAGAAAUAAUUGAUUACACGUUUUAAGUGCCAGGAUAAAUAAAAAUCAGUAACCGGCUGUCGAGUGGUGAAAUCUUCGUCUCUUUAUUUGCAUAAAGUGAGUAGUUGUGGCUUGUCCCUGCCCGCUCA